UGUGGAGAACACGGGGUGCCGCACUCCUCCCGUUUCGGCCCUCAGGACACCUGAAUGAAUGAAGAAAUGAAUUAAUUAAACCUUGGAGCAGAAGUCCAAGUGAUUGGCUGACAUUAAUGCUGAUGGAUGGAGUGGGCUUCGAGCCGCAGAGCGAGUCCUAAAGAUGGGGCGUUUCUGUGUUCUUAUGAGGCAAACCGCAGACGCAGUCGAUGAGAUUUUGGUUUCUGUCGGUGACGUAGGGACAUCGGUGACAGCCAGCAGGCUCGGUGGGGGUGCAGUGACAGAGAAAUUCACACAGAACACAUCACACGCUUAAAAAUCAGACGUCCAAAGGCAACUUGUCCCUAAAAAUAUUCAAGCUGCUGUAUUAAGUAUCGUGGCAGUGAGUUUGGGGCUUGAAUGAGAGACUUUUUCGGCAGAGGACCGUUCUGUCCAGGCACUGGGGGGUCCUGCCAGUAACUAGACUGUCCCUUGUGCCGCCCGGUCACCCAACAUUGCACUUUCUGUAUUAAGGACAAAGUGAAGAUGUACCAUGAUUUACAAGCUAUUUUCCAUUUGCUGGAGAUCCUGGGGCAGCAUAUGAAGAUCUGCAUUUAAGGCAUGAGAAGCUGACACAGCGCUGAGAGGACCUGCUUUGAAACAUCGGGCGAAGAGAAACUUUUCCUGAAGGGAUCAGGAUCAUAAAGGCAACGUUAUCACUCAGCUGGAGCACUGUGAGGGGGAGGACGAUCAGGUGGGGGUGCACUAUGCUGCCAGCUUGGCUGCACUCAUGCCCCCAGGGGGCUCAGAAGCUGCUCUGCAGGAGGGUGGGUGUGGCCUUGGGGCUGCUCUGCUGCAUGUGCCUGGUCCACAGUGACAUGCAGGGCUGCCUCAGUGCCUGUCUGUGUGCUGGAGAUGUGGUCGCCUGCAGCGGCCGCAACAUCUCUUCCGUUUCCAUGCACGGCCUGACCUUUGCCUCCAGGCUGGACCUCAGCUACAACCAGAUUUCUGUGCUCGACGCAGAGUGGACCCCCGUGCCCCUGGCCAAGCUGGAUACGUUGAUUCUGAGCCAUAAUGUCAUCAGCCACUUGUCUCCUGGCUCCCUGUGCCGGCUGCCCAUCCUCCGAUAUGCGGACUUGUCCUCCAACAGACUGAGAAGCCUGAGCGCGUUGACGUUCUGUGAGCUCCAGCAUCUGGAGGUGCUGCUGCUGUUUAACAACCAGAUCUCGGAAAUUAGCCCUCAGAGUUUCGCUGGACUCCACAGUCUCCACAGGGUGUACCUGAGCUGGAACCGGCUCACCGAGUUCCCUACCGGGAUUCUGGUGGGAAAACUCAGUCUUCCACACUUGGAAUUCUUGGACCUGUCCAAUAACUUACUCACAGGAGUUCCGGUUCAUGACAUCAUGUCUCUGCCAUCCAGGCAACAGGCUGGAAUUUAUCUCCAUGGGAACCCACUGGUGUGUGACUGUGCACUGCACGCCCUGCUCUGGUACUGGGCCAGACGGAGCUUCCUUCCUGUCAUUGAUUUCCGUGGCGAUUACACGUGUUUCCUUUCUGGCUUUGGCACGGCCGUAAGCCCGUUGCCCCUCAACUGCUCAGGCCGAGUCAUGGAUGCGCCCCUGGACUACGAAAGGGGCGUGUCCAAAGUGCACGUGGGCGACACCCUCAUCCUGCACUGUGGUGACUCUGCCCCUGCUCAGCUACACGAGCCCCUGCUGUGGCUCACACCUGCCCAGAGUGUGCUGUGGCCCGGUGACCACACAGAGGCGCUGCGCGUCUAUCCCAAUGGCAGCUUGCUGCUCACGGCGGCCCGUCCCGAGGAUUCUGGGACCUACACCUGCAUUACUUUCAUGUCCAUGGGGAAUCUGAGCCGCACCGUGGAGGUAGUUGUGAGGGAGCGGGAUCCUAAUGACCAGACCUUCAGCACAGCCUUGACCACACUGGCAUCCUGCGGAACCAGCCUCGUACUGGUUUUGCUCUACCUCUACCUGACUCCGUGCCACUACUGGUGCAAGGACAAGAAGGCGUCACGCCUGGCUAGGAACCAUGCCAACGUUUGGGGCGGUACCCGCUAUGAGACGGAGGGCGAUACACAUACUAGCAGAACGGGUAGCCCCGUGGUGGGAGUCGUUUUUACUCUGCCCGAUGAUGGAAAUGCUUCUUACACCCAAGGGAUCAGCGCAGGUCCGAUGGACGAUGCCCUGGGCGGGACAGUGAAUACCCAUGAUUCCUAGCUAUCUCUGUGAAGCUGGGAAGGUUGUUUUUUGUCGAACUAUCUAAUAGGUAUCAUUGUCAUCAAUGUUCUUAUUGUUACUUUAAAUGUACUCAGUCAAUUAAGCUCACGUUUGCACUUUUUUUCUCUCCCUAAUUUCUGGUAGUUGUUUUUGUGUGUUAUCAAUCAAAUUUUAAAGGCCCUGGCACUGUGCAAAACUAUAGCUGAUUCUAUACUGAGAUAUUUUCCCAAAACGCCAAAAGUAAAUCUGUCCACACACUAUUAAUUUAUAAGCACCUAGUGCAAAAGAGAGAGCUUGAUAUGGGGGAGGACAUGACUUAAUAAUUUAAAUGUAAAGGUCUAUUUGUUGGAGCCGGGGGUGUGUGUGUGUGUGUGUGUGUGGCAAAAGAAGCCAAAUUAAAUAUUGGUUGGAUACACGUCCUCCCCAUCCCUCCAGGUUCCUACGCCCCUGACAAGCAUUGUUACUGCGGUACAAACAUCGCUUCAGUAACACGAAGACAGUUCGUGCUCUUGAAUUUAUCAAACGUAGAUGCGCCCAUGUGACCAAAUGUCAAAAACACUCGGCGUAAGAGCUUUGCUUUAGGAGACAUUUUUUAAAGUUAAAGCCCGCGUUAUGAACUCUGUAUGCUGUGCAGUAGGGAUUUACAGUGCCAUUUUCAGAGUCACACUUCCCGUCGUGUGAAUCAUGCCGCUGUGCAAUGUUUAAUUUUGAUCUGUUUUCAGUUUCCGUCAGGGUGAAAUGAUGAGAUGACAUUGUUCGUAACGCUCGCUGCAUCUAUAAAUAGUGUUUAUUAAACAGAUUCAGCAGGGACCUGAUGUCUUUGAG